GACACGUGUGUUUGCGUUUGUAGUUGGUGAUUUGUUGUGUGUUUGUAGUAGUAAGCGCUGGCGUUCUGAAUUCGGUUGGUAGGUGGUGUAAAAAUGACGCGUGGGAUAUUUUGGGGAAUAACAUUGUUAAUGUCGACGUUAGCCAGUGAAGUAUGGUCGCAAUUAUCGCCUGAUCCGGGACUCUUAUACAGUGAAUGCCACAACCAAGUGUUCUGGGUUGCAUUAAAUGCUACGUUCCUUGAGCACAAAACGGUUGACUUUGCUGUACACGACAAGUUUGGUAAAAGAUUCAUGGUUACUCCUAAGAUGUCUAUACAGUGUGGGUAUACAAUCAACUUUGACUACUUUGGCAAUGUGAUUUUUGAAGCAUCUGUUCUUGCUUGCCAGGUUGAUAAUGAGAAUGAUGAGAGAUUUUCCUUGACUGUGGAAAUAAUAAUCACUGAAGUAACAACUGCAUCCACAAGCUAUAUCCACAAGAUGUCUUGCCAAUAUCACCCCUGGCAACAAAGAGAAAUCUUCUGUUCAACAAACUACAUGGAGGUAAUAACAGUAGAGGUGUCUGUGGAACGAGGAGCCCCCGAUAUUGAUGCACAAGCAGAUCAGUCUCAUGACUGGAUUGAUGCCUUUCCUGAUACGAUUACUGCUGCAUCGGAUAUCUGGCAAGUGGUCUUUCACUCCCCUGUCAAGAAGAACAUGACCGUUGACGAAGCUUUCCAGCUUGGCUAUGGGCUUAACACAACUGAAUCUCGCUUGUUGCUUAGAGCACCCUUCCAAACUGCUGAAUCUGAAACGUCUGUGGUUGCGGGAAUUCCAACAACUUCUAUCAGAUCAACUACCUUCUACAGGCAAAGUUGGAUGCUCCUUAUGGUAGAUACUGCAGUAGCUUGUCCAACUGAUGGCACAAGGGUUGCAGACCAAUCCCUUAUAUGGAGUGUUCCGCUGCAGUAUCCUGCUCUGGUCGCCUAUCCAGAUUCGUUUAAAACUAUAUCUGUUACUAUGGGAGCUAAUGGAGUGUUGCUGGAUCCAGAGACGUUGUCAAGGAGUCCCUACAAAUUGAUCACUAAUGAAACGCAUAUCACAAUUGAAGUUCCUGUGGGAGCAGAAGGGGGCUACAUACAGAGUGAAUUUCAAGACGGACAGUAUGGCAUGGUGUACACCAUUGAUCUUAUGUUAGAACAUGUAUGGAAAGAUGAUGCCUGGGACUUAUCUAAGCACACAGUAAUCCAUCCUGUCUCGCUGUUCUUUCCCUUGCCACCUAGUGUAAAAAACGAAACUGAUGUGGAGAUGGAGACCUUUGUGGUAACAAUUGGAAACUUUUUUCCUGAUGCAUAUUUGGAGUCUGUCCGCAUUGGUACUGCAGAGUACCCAGUGGAGGAUUUAAUAAAAUAUGGAAUGCUUGUGAAGACUACCUAUCCCAACAGAACAAUAAGUUAUACACUGACUGUAUCAUUUCAAAACCCUGAUGUCACUGAAGAGGUACAAAAAAUCAACAUGCUAGCAGAAACAAAGUAUUUGCCCACCCAUUUGACCACGUACAUACUGGAUGUUGUCUUCAACUUCCGUGUUGGACCAGAAAACAACCCAUACAGUAAAGCUGUUACAGUACAGUUUGAUCUUAUAGAUGCAGCUCUUUAUUUUCUUCCCCCAGGACUACCAUCUUCGGUUGGUUACUGUGAGGAAAACUACUUAAAUCUUGUAAUACCGAAUGAGAAGAUUGGUCAGUUAUGGGUUCCUUAUGUCAAUAACCUGGCAUUAAACGAUGACCUUGCAUCUCAGCUUGGUAUUCAAGAGAUAAAUAAUGAAACACACUUCUGGGUUAAAGUGCCUUUGUCCAGCGCUGGUGCUGUUUAUGAGGUGAUCACUCUUCAAGGCAUAACUGCUAAGUUCAGUAUUACCGCAAAGUACCGCAAGACAUUGGCAACCAUGGGACAUUUCUCUGUCUCAUGCAACUUCCCCCUCCGGGAUUUGAUAGUUUGUAUUCCAAAUGGCAGCAUCAUUGUCACUGCUUCAGAGGAUACCCUUCCAAUAACAGACCUGGGAAAGACUACCCUGAAGGAUGAGAAUUGCACACCUGUUGAGUACAAUGAGACAUUUGCAAUCUUCAACUUCCAGCUCGAUAGCUGUGGUACAACAGGGAGGUUUGAAGACAACUACGUAAUCUAUGAAAAUGAAAUUCACAACAAGAAGAAAAUACUAAGAUCUGAUGUCGCAGUUAUAACCAGUGACCCACUUUAUCGGUUAACAGUGUUGUGCAAGUACCGCAGAAAUUCAACCAUUCAGCAGUACAUUCCUGCAUAUGGCUCCAUUGUGGCACCACGUCUACCUUCCAACGGUGGCCCAAGAGCAAAACGAUCCCGACAGAUUUUGGAUAUUCGUGUCAGAUUGUCCAGAGAUAUGAAAUACACACACUUCUACACCGAUGAAGAGUAUCCAUUUGAAAAGAACUUGAAAGAUCCUUUGUUUUUUGAGGUGGCGCUCAAGCAGGAGAAUACCAGUGUUGAAUUGUCAUUGGAGACAUGUUGGUUGUCUAAUUCAACUGGGUUUGAUAGCAAACGUAAAUGGAGCAUUUAUGAAAAUGGAUGUGAAGUCCAGAGCACUGAGUAUCUUACGAUUGCUCAUCCAGUGUCAACUGCUCAAGUGAAACGGUUUGAGGUCUUGCUAUUCGCAUCCGCAGACGGCACAUUGAAAGGUCCUGUGUAUCUUCACUGUAUGGUUAUGGUCUGUGAUGCCCGUAUAUAUAAAGGUUCAAGUGCCCUUUGCAUGAAGCAGUGCGAGAUGGGACACAAAUUGGCAAGUUAUGAAUCCAGACAGUAUUUUAACCUACAGGGAUAUGUGUCAACUGGACCAGUAUUGUUGACCCAACCAACUGCAUCAGCUCCUGAAAGAAGUAUAACAGAGCAAGGUAAUGACUCCUGUAGCAUCUGGAUAUGGUUGAUAAUGGGAUCUGCUGUUGUACUCUUUGCAAUUGCUGCUUUUAAGCAAAGUGUAAAUCUGAAUAAAACAAAUUCACUUUAUCGGUCUGUCUCAAAUGCUUAAACUGAUUGGUAAACC